UCAGGGCUUAGGGUUUUGGCGAUGGCGAUCUCGCCCGCCUCGCUAUCCGCCCGUCGCCUCGUCUCCUACGUGCGAUUGAAGCAGCGGCGGUCGCAGGGCGCCAGGGCCGCGCACCAGGCGCUCAAGCGCGAAUCCAUCGCCAAGGGCGCACCAGGUCUCAUUGGAAUCCAGGAGAAGUACAGCCUUCGUGAUCCGCGGCUGGUGUGGUACAAGGACGAGAACAGGAAGCCGUUCUAUAGGAACACGAAGGAGCACGGGCGAUGGCGGCAUUUGGCGUAUCCCCAGGAGGAAUUGGAGGAUCAAGUCAAGACGGAGGACGUGCAUUGGCUCACUGGGCUCGGAGCUCUCGAUCGAGUGAGGGUUGUGCUCGUUGGAUCACAGUCAGCUGGGAAUGUGGGAUCGGUGUGCCGCAUUGCUUCGAAUUUCGAAUGUAGACAUGUAUGGCUGGUGAGUCCAGAGUGUGAUUACUUCUCGGACGAAGCUCGUCAAAUGGCUGUCAAUCCUGUCGCGAAGUCCCUGCUGGAAGAUGUCAACGUUGUCAAGACUAUCCCAGAGGCUGUUGGCGAAUGCCUUAUGGCCAUCGGCUUCACCCGGCGUGACGGACGUGACAGAGUUGUAAACGAAGUGCCGUAUCCUAAGCUCUGCAUUCCAGCAAAGGGUCAAGCCAUUGCGCUAGUCUUUGGACGGGAGGACGACGGCUUGACAAACGAGGAGCUCUUAUAUUGCACUCACACUUGCCGCAUCCCAACUACCAAAUGGGAGGGGUCGCUAAAUGUGAGUCACGCUGUGGCGCUUGCUCUCUCAAAAAUGUUUAGUUCAUACGAGAGGCUUCGUCGUGUACACAAGGAGCCGGGCCCCGAGUACAAUGAGUUUCUUCCACCGCCAGGUACUUAUUUCCCAUCGAAGUUUCUUAGUUGCGAUUCUUUUUCCUGGUGUAAACAUCAAACAGGGACUGCUCCUCUUCGUGAGGUGGAUUUGCUACUGAGGCGAUGGAGAUCAGUGGUGAAGAACUGCAACGUUGCUGCGUCGUUGGUGUCAAAGCCCGAGUUCACGACGCGCCACCGUCUGCAACAGCACCUCAAACGGAUCUUUCACAGGGCACGGCUGGCACAGCGAGAGGUGAACAUCAUCCACGGCUUCCUGACGCUGGUGGAUGGAAACGCGCACACCGUCGGGGACCUCUUCUCGGACCUGCAGGAGAAAAUGUCCGAGGGAGAGUCCGAGGAGGACUACGAGGAGUUUCUCAAGAAGGCCGAGGAGUGCAACAAGAAGCUGGAAGAAGAGAGGGGCUGGGACGAGUACGAUUACUCUGAAACUGACGAAGAGGAGAAGCGGGCCAUACAGGCGGAGCUUGAAAGCUACUAAAGUCUUGCUGUGCCGUCCCAUCUUUUUUAUUGCGAAGACAAACUCGAAAGAUAGAUUGUCUAGAUUGACUCACCUCGAUCUUAGCGGAUCAUCUCAAGCACGAUGGGUGAUCUCGAGGCCAAGGCAGUGGUGACGCUCUCGGCCAUUUGCUCCACACCCUGCCCCUCCUCCAAUCAUUUCCAGCAAUCAUAAUCUUCUCGGUUUGCUUUUUCA